AUGGAAAACCUCAAAUACAAUCUUUCACCAAAACCAUCAUUAAUUCGUCUCCCUCAUUUGCCCCUCGACCGACCGGAAAUGGCCGGUCGGCAAUGCUUAACGCCCUCUGCGAGGGAGGCGCUGCCUCCGAGACCCUUCUUGCGCUAUCCGUCCCCUUCGACUCGAACCUCGCGGCCUCCACAACGCAGCUCUGCCGGCUCCGUCUGGUACAGUCCCAUUCAGGCCGUAUCAUCCCACCCACCCGCAGAGUCGGAGUGCACUUGGGCGCAAGUCGACUCUGUUCUGGGCCACAAUGGACCCCGCGAUUGCGGGAAGAAUGGGAAUGGGAGAAAAUAUAUAUUAUCGUGUUAA